UGGGUUUUUCGACACACAAUGGGUGUUUAACUUCACAUUUCUUAAACUAAAAAACAUAUUGUCCUUAACCUAUUAGCAGUAUAAAAAAACUUUAGUACCUUGCAUGGACGAGAAUUUUCUGGUUUUUUUAAACAUCUUCAGUGUGUUUAGUUUGCAUACUCGGAUGCAAAAAAAUAGUAAUAAUAGCUAACUGAAGCCAGGGCACGAAGGAGGUCUCCACACUGUUAGGCUCCAAAUAAAUAGCUUAUACCUCUUUUUGUGUCUUGAAGGUAACGUUUCAAUAUCCUAAGGCAAGUGUGAAAGAGAAAACAAAGGCAUUUCUUGCAGAGGCAGUAAUCAACUCAAAUCACUAUCACCUGUGGAGGGACUCAUUCCAAAGUGGUACUAGUGGCUGCAGAUGGAAAGAUCCUGGCGGAGACGGAGGGACCGUCCACCAACCACUGGUUGGUUGGGGUGGACAAAUGUAUUGAAACCAUCAACGACAUGGUGCAGAAAGCCAAGAUGAAGGCAGGGCUGGAUCCAAACACGCCACUCUUCUCAUUGGGCAUGUCUCUGAGCGGAGGGGAGCAGAAGGCCGCCAUCGACAAACUGAUCGCUGACAUGAAGCAACGGUUCCCCACUCUCAGCCAGCACUACUUCAUCACCACAGAUGCAAUCGGCGCCAUGGCGACCGCCAGCGAUCACGGAGGUGUCGUGUUAAUAUCAGGGACCGGCUCUAACUGCAAGCUAGUCAACCCCGAUGGCUCACAGAUCGGCUGUGGAGGCUGGGGUCACAUGAUGGGGGAUGAAGGAGGAGCAUUCUGGAUCUCUCACUUGGCGGUGAAGACGGUGUUUGAUGCCAAAGAUAACCUGGUCGCUCCUCCUCAUGACGUUACACACGUCAGACAGACCAUGGAGGAAUACUUCCAGGUGUCAGAUCUGAUGGGCAUGCUGCCGCACUUCUACAGAAAUUUCCAGAAGUCCCACUUUGCUGGUUUGUGCAAGAAGCUGGCUGAAGGUGCAGAAGCAGGAGAUGCUCUCUGUCAGUAUGUGUUCACUCAGGCUGGGAGAGUUCUGGCAAAACAUGUCGAAGCCGUCUUACCUGCAGCACAAGAGCCAUUAUUGAGGAGUGACGUCGGCCUGCCCAUCCUGUGUGUGGGCUCAGUGUGGAAGAGCUGGGAGCUUCUGAAGCCAGGGUUCACUGAGGUUUUGGAUAAAGUGGCAUCAUCUGACAAGUUCAAGGGCCGUUUCCAUGGCUACAGCCUCCUGAUUCUGCAGCAGUCCUCGGCCCUCGGCGGCGCGAGUCUGGGGGCUCAGAGUAUGGCCGUAACUUUAGCUAUGGAUUACAAAGCUAACGCCAAAGUCUUCUACCAACACACUUUUAAGAGCAGCCAAUGAGAGUGCAGCUGCACAUCCUGUAGCUCUUAACCAAUCAGGGUUCAGCUAAAGGGAAAUUGUAUUGGCCAUUAUAUAAUUAUUAGCCUCCUUGCUAAUAACACUUACUAUAAUGAUGAAGAUGAAGAUAAUGAUGAUGAUGAUGAUAAUGAUGGUGUAAUAAUGGUAUAGCUCUUGAUUUGAUCUCAUUACAAGACACAAAGUUAUUUUGUUUUACUGUAAUUGUAAAUCUUUGUACCUUUACAACAGUUGUUUACAUUUAUAAUAAAAAAUCAUUCUUUCAUCUCUGACCCCAAAGAUAAUUGAAGUUCAGUUUAAGCUGUGAUUCAAAAUACCCGGUCACUGUCAUGUCUUAAGGUAUUUUAAAAUGCUAACUGUUUAUAUAUUUUUAAAGUUAUUAUAGGCAGAUAAGUUGAACACAAAGCAGCACUUGAUUCAUCUCCGGGCUGUCUGCACUUUUCUUUUUCACUUGCAGAUGAUGCCAUUACACCGCUUGUGACAUCAUUGGCAAUCACGUUCACACUUUCAUGGCUCUCCCCGUUAUGAGCACACAGUACUGCCAUAUAUUCAAUAAAAGUAGAAUUAAAAAUUC